CAUCUCCCCUCCCAGAACCUCAUCGCCUCACGCCUUCCUCAUCCAUCCUGCGUCUUCUCCGAAUUCCCAUCCUUUCCCCGUCUAAUUUCAGUUUCCCCCCUCCGCCGUGACGCUCACUCGUCACCAUGUCCGACACCUUGUUGAAGCCGGAGAAGGACUUCUCCAAGGAGGCUGACAAGCUGGUCCCCGAGGCAGAGCAGCUUGCCAAGACCGAUGUGCAAGGCGCCAUUGACAAGCUCCUGAUAUUGGAGAAGCAAGCAAGACAAGCCUCGGAUCUUGCCACGACAUCCCGGAUCCUCGUCACAAUCGUCACAAUCAGCAAGACCUCCGGCGACUGGAACCUCUUGAAUGAGCAGGUGCUCCUGCUGUCCAAGAAGCAUGGCCAGCUCAAGCAGGCCAUAACGAAGAUGGUGCAGGUGGUGAUGGGAUUCCUGGAGGAGACGCCGAAUAUGGAGGUCAAGCUGUCGGUCAUCAACGGCCUGCGGACUGUGACCGAAGGAAAGAUCUUCGUCGAAGUCGAGAGAGCCCGUGUCACUCGCAUCCUUUCCAACAUUAAGAAGACCCAAGGCGAUCUCAAUGCGGCCGCCGACACCCUCUGCGAGCUGCAAGUCGAAACGUUCGGAUCCAUGACCAGAAGAGAGAAGACGGAGUUCAUCUUGGAACAGGUGUCUCUGUGCAUAGAACGGGGCGACUGGACGCAAGCCACGAUCCUCAGCCGCAAGAUCAACAAGAGAUACUUUGCCCGCAAGCCGAAGAAGAGUGCCGAGGAGAUCGAGAAGCUGAAGAAGGAGGUCGAGGAGCGGGAGAAGACGCGCCAGCCGGAUGAGGCCCCGAUGGAGGUGGACGACGACGUGACGGACCUGAAGCUCCGCUACUACGAGCAGCAGAUCAUCCUCUCCAACCACGACUACAAGUACCUGGAUGUUUGCAAGCACUACCGCGAAGUCCUGGAUACGGAUUCGGUGCAGAACAACCCGGAGCAGCUUCAGGCUGUUCUCGCCCGAAUCGUCUACUACAUCGUGCUGUCGCCGUACGACAACGAGCAGUCGGAUCUGCUGCACCGCAUCCAGCAGGACUCGCGGCUGUCCGCGGUGCCCGUCGAGGCGCGGCUCGUCAAACUCUUCACCAUUCACGAACUGAUGCGCUGGCCCAUGGUGGGCGAGCAGUUCGGACCGCACCUCUGCAACACGGACGUGUUCAGCGCCCAGCCUAGCCAGACGGCCGAGGACCAGCCGCACCGGAGGUGGCAGGACCUCCGCAAGCGUGUGAUCGAGCACAACGUGCGGGUGGUGGCCAAGUACUACACGCGGAUCGAGAUGGGCCGGCUGACACAACUACUGGACCUGACGGAGGAGGAGACGGAGAAGUACAUCAGCGAGCUGGUCACACUGAAGACGAUCUACGCGAAGAUCGACCGUCCGGCGCGGCUGGUCAACUUCGCGAAGCCGCGCGACGCGGACGACGUGCUGAACGAAUGGAGCAGCGACAUGAAGAGCCUGCUGGGGCUGCUGGAGCGGAUCGACCACCUGAUCACGAAGGAGGAGAUGAUGGCGCGGAUUCUUCCAUCUCGGGGAGAGAAGGGCAAGGCCCGUUAAGUGUGAAUAGCAAUUGACACCGACUGACACUAACGCGGGUGUACAAUUACGAUAGUAGAAUGGAACUGAUGAGCAUCCCACAAACACAGCUAUAAACAAAACAUAUGUAUGCA